CCCGGCUCCUUCCACCUGCGCCGUGGCGGCGGCGCGGAGCCGCUGGGCCGUGAGAUGUGAGCCCCGAUGGGCGCUGUCCCGCCGCGGCGGGGGGCGGCCUGGCUGCUGCUCCUGCCACUACUCCUGCCGCCGCCUCGGGCAGCGCAUACAGGAGAAUUGUAUUGCUCUUUGCCUAACCCUAGGAAUGUCCAUUUUGAAUCUGUAAACAUGAAGAAUGUUCUUCACUGGUCAGCACCAGAGGGCACAGGAGAUGGAGUACUCUACAAGGUGAAGUAUUCAAUGUAUGGUGUUGGCAAAUGGAUUAGAAAGCCAGAAUGCAGGAACAUCAACAGAACAUGGUGCGACCUCUCCAGUGAGACCUCUGACCACGAAGAGCAGUACUACGCGAGCGUCAAAGCCUUCCUAAACGGGAGGUGCUCUGGCUGGGUAGAGACGGCACGAUUCAACCCACUUACAGACACUAAAAUUGAUCCACCCGUGGUAAGUGUAUCUUCUACUGAGAAAUCUAUUGCCAUCCUUCUGACCGCUCCUGAGAAGUGGAGGAGAAGUCCUGCAGAAGAAUCUGUGUCGCUGCUUCAGGUGUAUCCUGGCCUGCAGUACAACGUGUCUGUCCUCAACAAGAGAACAAAGAAGCGGUGGUUCUUCUCCAUCAGCAACAACACCUUGCUCGUGCCCUGGUUAGAACCCGGAACAGCUUACUGUGUCAGCGCACAGAUACAUGUCCCCACACCACUUUUGCACAGUGGCUUCUCCAAAGAAUAUUGCAUUUCUACCUUGAAAGAUAAAACAGCAGGUGAGACUGCAACAAUCAUAUUUGGAUACCUUCUGCCUGUAAUCCUGACUGUCCUUUUUAUUUCAAUAGCAUGCUAUUGUGUGCACAGGUACAUUCAUGUCAUCAAACAGAAACAUCCAACAAACCUGAUAUGGCACUACACUGACAAAUGCAAUGAAAUGGUUUUCAUACCACAUGAAAAAAUCAACCCUAUCACUGUUAAUGCAGAUGAGGAGAAGCCAUCUCAGGAGUCGGAAUGUCUCUCAGAAAGCAGAGGUCCCCAUUAUUGCAGUGUUUACAGUGGCACCGAAGGGGAGGAUUUGCCUUCAACAGAAGUGCUGGGAACAAAACAUUUCCUUGGCAUUUCACAUGAAAUGGAUACUUUAGCAGGCAACCAAAGUGGAAAUUGGCCAUCUUACGGCCAGCCAGAAGCCAAGACUACUUCAAGACAGAAAAUAUCAGAAAUUGUAGAGUAUGAGCAUGAUGUAAGAGCUGAAGACUUCAGUCCCAGCCAGAAACUGGAAGAGAAUCCCUCUGCCCUCAGGGGACUACUAGGUGAGCCACAGGUGACUUUGGGGGACCUGGUUAACAUGAAAACAGGACAGCCAUAUUGUCCCCAACUAGAGGGGAGGGCAUUAGACUCUUGUCUGGGACAGAAAAUAGAGGAACUUAAUUUGAGGAUGGUUGAUGCAUCAGGUGAACAGACCAUAUUAGUAGACUGGGAUCCUCAGACAGGCAGACUUUAUAUUCCUACCUUGUCCAGAGGUGAAAACCAUCUGCAUGAAGGAGUAUUCAAGUGUGAUGAUCCUGACAAAGAAGGAAUUUUGUUUGGACUAUAUGAGAAAGAGACUUCUGAUGAAUCAUCAGAGGACCAAGAAAUGUAUUUCCUGCAGUUCAAGGAGCAAUGGGGACUGCAUGUGGAAAUGGAAGACUAAAGAGUAACUUUCUAAAGAAUUCUGAAAUGCUAACUUUUGUUGUUUACUUUGCCAAAGGGAGUCAUGAACUCAGUGAAGCAAACACAGCUUAAUGGAUUAGUUGUGGGGGUUUUUUGGCACCAUCACAGUCAAACAAUUUAUUCAUGAUAUGUUAUUUGUAACAGCUUCCAGAUGUGAUAUAAGUGAGUUUGGCUUCCAUGAUAAGCCUCUCAGGUAAAAUAUGGUGGUUAUGAGAUUGUCCUCUUUUUAAAUUAUAUAUCAUUUUCAUUUGUUUUUUUGUUUUUAUACAGGAUGCUGUUAGGAUUUUUCACCUUGUAAUUUCUACCCAACCAAAUGAUCAGCAUUUGAAA